AUGUGGAUCACACUCCUGAUUUUUUGUUGUCUCUCAGUUCCCGAUGUCAAUGGAUUUGACGAUUUCGCUGAAUUGAUUUAUCUGAACUAUUCUGCCGCAAAAGAGGCUAAAAGAAUUGUUGACAAAUUGAUAGAAGUUUCCCGACUUCCUGAACCAAUGAAAAAUCCAUUUCUGGAACACGUGAAAUAUUAUCCUUGUGAUAGUUUUAAAAAUCUUAUCGAUUUGCUAAGCCACACUUCUUCGUCUCUAGUUAGUCAAGCCGCGUAUGUUAACGGAAAUCUGGAAUUUAUCAUGCAAUCUAUCGAGUGCUAUGUGCAUUUCAAAACUGCUGGCGAGCCUGGCAAUGAGCAUGUCUCGUCUAUAAUUGGCCUAGAUUACGAGACACCAAAAACUAUCCCCAAGUUACAUAGAGCAACAAUCGAUAGGAUUUAUCCGUUGCUCAAAUAUUCAGCUAAAUAUCGGGAGAAUUUCCAAAUGGAAACGUGUGACAAUCGAACUUUAGGCCGGAGUGGAUUUUUUCUAGAAUUCAUGGAUUAUGCAAGAGAUAUGAAAGUGAUGGAAGCUUUCCAAGUUGAUCGAUCUUAUGAGAGAACUGUUUUUCUGUUUUUUUCGAAAUCUUUUAAAAGACACGGGUUUUUGGCAAAGGUCGAGAUGACUGUUAAAGGAUACUAUCAUCAAUUUUUGCUUUCUCUGGAUAGUGGUUAUCAUUUUGUUAAUGGGAAACAGUGGUUGUGUGUUAAGCGGACAUGA